GCUGUUACAAAUAGAUUUAUCCAUUUUGAAAUAUGUGAGGAUAUUAAUGAUCUUGUGAUACAAGGAUCAUUUUUAAUUCUAUUUCCACCAGAGCAACCACCAGGAUGGACCAAACCUGAGACCAAAGUCGUUAAAGAUAGACUUACAGAGAACCUUCUAUUUUUGAUUCCGGAAUGGGUUUCUCAAGGCCAAGAAUUACAGAGUGCUAGUUGGCAAGAGAGGUAG